AUGGAGCUGAGACCCUACCAGUGGGAAGUAAUUGAGCCUGCCCUGAAGGGCAAGAAUAUCAUCAUAUGGCUGCCCACGGGCGCCGGGAAGACGCGGGCCGCUGCCUAUGUGGUCAAGAGACAUCUAGAGAGGGUACACCAAGCCAAGGUGGUCGUAUUGGUCAACAGGGUGCACCUGGUGACCCAGCAUUAUGAGGAGUUCAGCCAAAUGCUGGAAGGACGCUGGGCCAUCAAAACCCUGAGCGGUGCCAUGGGACCACGGACUGGCUUCAGCUACUUGGCCCGAAAUCACGAUCUCCUCAUCUGCACAGCUGAGCUGCUGCACAUGGCACUGACCAGCACCGAUGAGGAGGAGCAUGUGGAGCUCAGUGAUUUCUCCCUCCUUGUGGUGGACGAGUGUCAUCACACACACAAAGACACAGUCUACAACCACAUCUUGAGCCGGUACCUGGAGCAUAAACUCCAGAACGUGAAGCCUCUGCCCCAGGUGCUGGGGCUCACAGCCUCCCCAGGCACUGGCGGGGCUUCCAAGCUCGAUGGAGCCAUCAACCAUGUCCUGCAGCUCUGUGCUAACCUGGACACGUGGAAAAUUAUGUCAUCCCAGGAAGGUCACCUCUUACAGCAAAAGUAUGGCCAGCCCUCCAAACAGUACAACCUCUGCCAGCGGCGCAGCAAGGACCCUUUUGGAGACUUGCUGAAGAACCUCAUGGACAAAGUCCAUGACCACCUGAACAUGCCUGAGUUGAGCCGGGACUUCGGGACCCAGAAGUACGAGCAGCAGGUGAUGGAACAGAGUCAGAAAGCCGUGCAGGACAACCUUCCAGAGCUGCGUGUGUACCUGCUGCACCUGCGGCGCUAUAACGACGCGCUGCUCAUUCACGACACAGUCCGCUCAGUGGACGCCCUGAGCACGCUGUGGGACUUCUACGACCGGGAGUGCUCCACGAAGGCCCGCGUGCUGGAGGCCGAGCGCUGGCUGCUGAGGCUGUUUGAUGGUCACAAAAAAGACCUUGCCCACCUGGCAGCUCAAGGCCCAGAAAAUCCAAAACUGGAGGAACUGGAACAGAUCCUGCAGGAACAGUUUGGGAAGCCCAGCAACCCCCGCGGCAUCAUCUUCACUAGGACCCGCCAGAGCGCCCACCACCUCCUGCUCUGGCUCCAGCAGCAGCCUGGCCUGCAGACUAUGGACAUCAGGGCCCAGAUCCUCAUUGGGGCAGGGCACAGUAACCAGAGCGUACACAUGACCCAGUGUGUCCAACAAGAAGUGAUCCAGAAUUUUCGAAACGGCACCCUAAACCUUUUGGUGGCCACAAGCGUGGCUGAGGAGGGACUGGACAUACCCCACUGCAACAUAGUGGUGCGCUACGGACUCCUGACCAACGUGAUCUCCAUGGUCCAGGCGAGAGGCCGGGCCCGGGCAGAUGAGAGUGUGUAUUCUUUUGUCGCCACUGAGGGCAGCCGUGAGCUGCGGCGGGAGCAGACCAAUGAGGUGCUGGAGGCCCUGAUGGAGCAAGCAGUGGCUACAGUGCAGAAGAUGGACCAGGCUGAGUACCAGACCAAGAUCCGGGACCUGCAGCAGGCGGCCCUGGUCAAGCGAGUGGCCCAGGCUGCGCAGCGGACCAGCCAGAAGCAGCAGUUCCAGGCAGAGCAAGUGCGACUCCUCUGCAUCAACUGUUCGGUGGCUGUGGGCCAUGGGAAUGACCUGCGGAAGGUGGAAGGCGCCCACCAUGUCAACGUGAACCCCAACUUCUCGAUCUACUAUACCACUUCGCAAGUACCUGUGCUCAUUGAUAGAGUCUUCAAGGACUGGACCCCUGGGGGUGCCAUCAGCUGCAGGAACUGUGGAGAGGCCUGGGGGAUGCAGAUCAGCUACAAGUCAGUGAAGUUGCCAGUGCUCCGAAUCCGAAGCAUGCUGCUGGAGACCCCACAAGGAAGGAUACAGGCCAAAAAGUGGUCCCGUGUUCCUUUCCUUGUACCCGACUUCGACUAUGUGCAGUACUGUGCAGACAGUCUAAAUGAUCUGUCCCUGAACUGA